AUGAGUGACGACGAAGGCGAGGACGCGUAUCAUUUGCGCUCGUUUGCACGUGACGUGGCGGUGCCGCACUGCUGCUUGUACCAGCCAAAAGUCGAGCGCAACCCAACGGCGACACUCGGUAGCAUCGCCGUACCUUCGUGGCCGCUACCGACGGAGACCCUCGCGGCGCUGACGACCACGUACGCUGGCCGCGUCCCGGCCAAGGACGUCGUCUUCCGCGGCUUCCACGCGAUACCAAGGCAUGCGUUCAUGUUUGAGUCCUCCAUCCUCAAGCAACUCGACCCGGAGCAAGACGAGGACGAUGAGAAGUUGGAGUUCAGCAUGACACUGGCGCAUUUUGCGAUCGACUUGACCGGCGACGCGUCGGCGUUGAAGCCAACAGACCGACCACCACGCCAUACCUUUGCCACGGCCGUCUACUUCUUUCCCUCCAACUGCGUCGGUGGCGCCGUCACGAUCUCACACGACCACCGGACGACGACGUUCGAGGCCCUCGACGGACGCUUUCUCUCGUUCUACAGCACGUGUGACGUGACGGUGGCGCCCAUCACGUCCGGGCACCGGUCUUUUGCCGUGUAUCACGCAGCGUACAUCCUGGACGACUACGACUCGGACUACAGCUACGGGCCCAAGCCCAAGUUUGCACCGCCACCGCUGCCGUCGAUCCAAGAGCUCCAGGAGGCCGCUCGUGGCUACGAUUGCUCUGAAGCCAUUGCUGUCACGGUCCGGCUCAAUACGCGCGGCUUGACGCCGACGUUUGAUUCGCUCACGGGGCAUGACAAGGCGGCCGUCGACCGGCUACUAGCGACAGGCGUCUUUGACAUUGCACUUGUGCGGGCGGGCAACAACGACGACAAGAACGAAGCUAUUCCUGCGCUGUACGAGACGUUUCAUCCACUAUGCACGACCCCGGUGAUCGUCCAAGAGAAGACACGGACGAGAUCGAGUCGCCCGGCAACUCCAUGCUCGUGUGGCCCAAGGCGAACCGCGUGCGCAUCCUCGGCUACGACCGCACGAUCGCGCUCUUGCGUGGCAAUGUGGACGGUGACGUGA